AUGGGUCAGGCGGAGAGUAACGUUACGAGUGGCGUGAAAAAACAAGCUGGAACCUCGACGCAGGCCUUGUACAAAUUUGUCAAUCUCAAAGGAGGCGGAUUGCUGGUCGACAUGAUGAAACGUGCUGCCCAAAGUAAACAAUAUGCCGAGAUAGAUCACGCCAUCAAGACCAAAGUCGAGCCUUUUCUGUACAACAAAGGCGCUGGCAGGUACAUUCCGAUCUCGCAGCUCGUCCUUUUUCGCAAUCGAGAACGUUCGAAGGCGAAACAACUGCCGGGCGUGAGAGAAUUGGAGAAUCCCGAUGAGGAUUUUGAUGUUGAUAAAAAUUGGCCUGAAAUCACGGAGGAGCAAUAUUGGCAGAAUCCAUCGGGAUACAAACGGAUUAUUUGGAAUAUCAAGGAACGAGGCGCUGUGGGAGAGACAAUUUUGCAUCUUUGUUUGCUGAAUGCGACGGCACUGCAUGCGGAUUUAGCGAAACGAUUGCUGAGGUAUUAUCCGCUGUUACUUGAGGAUAUUUAUAUGUGUGAUGAGUAUUGGGGUGAGAAUGUCUUGCAUAUCGCCAUCGUUAACGAAGACCCAUCAAUGGUAAAAUUCCUUCUCGAUGCCGGAACGCCUGUCGAAGAACGUUGCUGCGGCAAUUUCAUGUGUCCUGAAGAUCAGAAAUCCUCUCGUUUCGACACUUUGGACAACGAAAUGGUAAAUGUGACGCCCAUGACAAAUUACGAAGGUUACGUUUAUUGGGGCGAAUAUCCAUUGUCGUUCGCCGCUUGUCUCAGUCAAGAGGAAUGUUAUCGUUUGGUGCUCGCAAAAGGCGCCGAUCCCGAUAACCAAGACACAAAUGGCAACACGGUGCUGCACAUGUUGGUAAUUUACGAGAAAUUGAGCACGUUUGAUAUGGCCUACGAGAUGGGCGCAUCUGUCAACAUUCGAAAUGUGCUGAACUUGACUCCGUUAACGUUGGCGGCGAAACUCGCGCGUGUCGAAAUGUUUUUUCACGUCAUGAAUAUUGAGCGGGAAAUUUAUUGGCAACUCGGGAGUAUCACGUGUGCUGCCUAUCCGCUCGAACAGAUCGACACGAUUGACGUGAAUAACGGGACAAUUAGCAAAGAUUCCGCGUUAAAUUUGAUCGCGUUCGGAGACAAACUCGAACAUUUGGAUUUACUUGAAGGCGUGAUGAUCGAUUUGUUGAAAGUUAAAUGGAAUACCUUCGUAAAAGACAAAUUUUAUCGGCAAUUUUACAAAUUCACGGCAUAUUUUUUCAUCUCUUUGGUCGGAUUUACCUUGAGACCCAUGUUUUCGGGCGAUGACGACGACGAAGGCGCAAAUUCAACGGAAAUUUCAACAACAAUGACGACGAUUAACGAAACUUUUGAACCGAUUGAUAAUGCAGUUGCCAGCGCCCUCUCUUAUUGGUACAACAUAACCGAAGAAGAGCAUGCCGAGGGAGAGCAACAUCUUUUGUGGGAUAGUUCGUGCCCACUUUUGAGAGCAGAUACUGUUUCGGAUACCGUGAGACUCAUUUCGGAAGUUGGCAUGUUUCUGGGAGCGUUAACGUAUAUCGUUGCGGCGUUGUUAGAAGCGAAAUUUUUGGGUUACAAAAUGUUUUUUGAGAAUUUGGCGACAGCACCGUCGCGUGUCAUGUUUCUCUUCUCGUGUUGCUUGUUGAUGGUUUGUCCCUUUAUCAAAGUUUUUUGCCUGACAACAGUCGAGGAUCACAUGGCAGUGGCAAUUAUGUUGACAACUGCUCCGUAUUUCCUGUUUUUCUGUCGUGGCUUCAAAACCGUCGGACCCUUCGUUGUCAUGAUCUAUCGCAUGGUUGUCGGUGACUUGCUCCGUUUCGUUUGCAUCUACUUCAUCUUCGUGAUGGGCUUCUCUCAAGCCUACUACAUCAUUUUCUGCACAUUUUACGCCGAGGAACCCGAAGAAGGCGAAGACGAAGUCGUCAAUCCAAUCCCAUCUGGCAUGGAAUCAUUCGUCGCGAUGUUUUUAAUGUCUCUCGGCAACUUUGGCGACUAUUACGCAGGCACGGAACACACAGAGCAUGAAAUGCCCGCAAAGAUCCUGUUCGUCGUUUUCAUGUCAAUUGUUGCCGUUUUGCUGGUUAACAUGUUGAUCGCUAUGAUGGGCAACACCUAUACCGUAAUUGCCGAAACGAAGAACGAAUGGCAGCGACAAUGGGCCCGUAUUGUACUCGUCGUUGAACGUGGCGUUCAUCCCGCGGAACGACUCAAAAACUUGCAAUCGUACAGCGAACCGAUGUCAGAUGGGCGUCCCGCGCUAAUUUUGCGACUUAACAUGACGGAAGACGACAAGGAGGAAAUGAAGGAGAUUCUCGAGAUGAAACGCGUGCACGAACGGAUGCACAAGAAGCGUGCGGUUGAGCGCGAAGCCAAAAUGGUGAAUCGCGAGAACGAAAGAAUGCGACAUUUGAAGUCAAAACAUUCGUUUUAG